UCCAUUUAUUAUUUGUUGUGGACAAGAGCGUCUGUCGCUUGCUUAGUGACCACGUAAAAUAAGAAGUAUAAGGCUGUUCGAGGUAGAAGUGCAGUUGGAUUAAAGUACACUGUGACAGAGAUGGAAACGGAGAUUUGCUAAGAGACUGGAAGGAAAUCAGAAGAAGCAGCCCCACAACUUCAAGAUGUUCAGAGACUACAGAUCAGGCCGAGCCACAGGGCUGAACACGCUGCCCUUCGACCCCUCGAUCAACAACGAGCCCCUGCAGUUCAGCAGCUCCAACGGCCCGCUGAUGUCCGACUGUCCUCUGGAGAAUGGAGCGGAGAACAGCAAGAAGAGGAAGAGGCCCAGCCUGCCCCCAGAAGGAGUUCGUAACAUGGCCAUGGACUCCGGUGCCAUGACGAUGCCCAUGACAGACCCCAACGCCUGGGCCACAGCCAUGAACAACCUGGGCAUGGCUCCCAUGGGCCUGACUGGACAGCCCCUCAUGCCAGAUUUUGACCCGAGCCUUGGCAUGAUGACAGGCAUCGCCCCCAUGAACCCCAUGAUGCCCGGCCUGGGCAUGGUGCCCCCGCCCCUCUCCCAAGACCUGCCCGUUAUCAAGGAGAUCAUCCACUGCAAGACCUGCACUCUGUUCCCCCCCAACCCCAACCUUCCCCCUCCUGCCACCAGGGAGCGCCCUCCUGGCUGUAAGACAGUGUUCGUGGGCGGCCUGCCAGAGAACUCCACCGAGCAGCUCAUCGUGGAGGUGUUCGGCCAGUGUGGUGAAAUCAUCGCCAUCCGCAAGAGCAAGAAGAACUUCUGCCACAUCCGAUUCGCCGAGGAGUUCACGGUGGACAAGGCUCUCUUCCUGUCUGGCUACCGUAUCCGUCUGGGCUCCAGUACCGACAAGAAGGACACAGGCCGUCUCCACGUGGACUUUGCCCAGGCCAGAGACGACCUGUAUGAGUGGGAGUGUCACCAGCGCAUGCUGGCCCGAGAGGAGAGACACCGGAGGAGGAUGGAGGAGGACCUCCUCCGACCCCCCUCCCCUCCCCCCAUCGUUCACUACUCUGAGCACGAGUGCAGCCAGCUGGGGGACAAGAUCAAAGACGACAGCAAGUUUGCGGAGGCGGUGCGCGUGCUGGUCACAUGGGUGGAGCGAGGCGAGGUGAACCGGAGGAACGCCAACAACUUCUACUCCAUGAUCCAGCUGUCCAACAGCCACAUCCGCCGGCUGAUGACUGAGAAGGCUGCCCACGAGAAGGAGAUGGAGGAGGCCAAGGACAAGUUCAAGACCGCCCUGGCCGGCAUCCUGGCUCAAUUUGAGCAGAUUGUGUCUGUAUUCCACGCUGCUUCCAAACAAAAGGCAUGGGACCAUUUCUCCAAAGCUCAACGCAAGAACCUGGAUGUGUGGCGCAAACAAGCCGAGGAGGUCAGAAACAUGCACAACGAGGAGCUGAUGGGGAUCAGACGAGAGGAGGAGAUGGAGAUGUCUGACGAUGACAUGGAGGACACACACGCCCCCGACAGCAAGGACUCAGACCACUCAGUGUCCCAGGUGGAGGCUCUGAAGGAGGAGAACGACUCUCUGCGCUGCCAGCUGGACGCCUACAGGAACGAGGUGGAGCUGCUGAAACAGGAACAGGGCAAGAACCAGCCAAUCAGGAGCGAAGAGGACAGCACACACUCCCAACAGCUCAGCUUCCUACAGCAGGCUCUGCAGGGCAUGCAGAAGCAACUGUUGAACAUGAGGGAGGAGCUGAAGCAGAGGGAGGCGGAGCUGGAGAAGAGCCUGGAGGACAAACAGCUGCUGGACACUCAGGUCCAGAGUCUGAAGGAAGCAGUGCAGAACCUGCAGACGACACACCCUCUGCAGCUGGAGACGUCAGAGAGAGACGACAGAGGGAGCGAGGAGAGUGCUAAUCAAACCAGUGAUUCCCCAGUGCCGUCGGUGGUGUCCUGCAGUCAGGAGAAGGAGGGUGCACCAGAGAGGAGCCUGUCCAGUCCUGUCCAGUCUGAGAGAGAGGCCCUGCUAGUUGGGAUUAUCUCGACGUUCCUCCAUGUCCACCCGUUUGGAGCCAGCAUCGAGUACAUCUGCUCCUACUUACAGCGUCUGGACACCAAGAUCCACCCUCCAGAGGUGGAGGCUCUGCUGUCUCGGCUGCCCUGCACCUUCAGACAGGAGCUGACGGGGGUGGGGGCCAGCCUGGAGAAACGCUGGAGCUUCUGUGGCUUCCAGGGCAUCAAGAGCACAUAGAGCUGCUGGGGACGUCUCAGGAACACGGAGGACGGAGCAGACCCUGAGAGGACGGGGGCGCGGCGGGAGACGCUGUUGAACUGCAGGAAGGGCGAUACGCGUGGGGUCAUGGGGACAGGGCGAGGACAGGGCUACGAGGCCAGGGACAUUCCAUUGACUCUGUUGGUGACAGAGAAGAAGACACUUCCCCAAGGGGGAGGAGACAUCCAGCUACUGAAGUGCUGCUCUGAGCCUGACUCUGUACCACCCUCCGGGGGCGUCCCUAAUGAGCAUCAAUCACAACAGAGACACAUGAUUGGCUGUUUGUUUCUCCACACACAGGAAAUUACUUUCUCAUAGCCUUUGGCCACUUUUUCUGUCAGUCAUCUUGGACUAUUACAGGGAGCUUAUCAGGGUCAACUGAACACUUUAAGACACCCUUUGAGUCUUUUUCACUAUUUUUUUUUUCCUCCCUUUUUUUGUUUGUAAACGUCUAUAAAUAAAAUUGAUAUAUUUCUCCAUUUUCUGUAAAGGCUGUGAAAAAAUUUUUCCAUAGAGUAAUUUGUUUUAAUACUCUUUAAAUGCUUGGAUGAUAUUUUUUAAA